AUGAGACCAGCUAUAUCACUCCUCAGAAGAUCCGUGUGGAAGGGCCCCCACGUGGUGCCUUUGCCCAUUGCUGACGCUAUCAAGAACGGCACACCCAUAAGAACCAACGCCAGAAGUUGCACCAUCUUACCACAGUUUGUGGGCUUGCAAUUCCAAAUACACAACGGAAAGGAAUACGUGGAGGUCGAGAUCACCGACGACAUGGUGGGAACCAAAUUGGGGGAGUAUGCUUUGACCAGAAAGAAGUUUAUCUAUAAGCACACCAAGAACUAG